UAAAGAUCAGAAAAGAAGAAAAUGGGUUGCAACAAUUCCUCCAAAAACAUCAAAUCUCUUAAACCUCGUGAGGCAAGUUCCAAGACCUCUAGCUCCUCGGUAGAGACUCCUCGGAGUUCCUUUCGAGACAAUGUAGUCCAAGACGUGCACAAGCGGAAUAGGAUGGUAAAGGCUUACUUUAAAGAAGUUCAUGAAAUCCAGGACAAGAUGAACACCUUAGAGACUAGUAUAGAAAUUAGGAGGAUUACCUCCCUUCAAGAAGAUCCACAAGCUUUGAAGACCUUUGAAGAUCUAGAGGAGACUCAGAAAACUCUUUUAGAUAAAAUUGCUAUUCAGGAAAAUAUCAUUCAUAAUGGUAUCACAAGGCUCAGAAUUGUAGAGAGUUCUUCUCUAAACUCUUCUAAAGAUGCCAACACAAGCUGAAAUCGUAGGAAGAUGCAUUAAUUUGGGAUUUCAGAUGCUUUAUUAAGUUAAUUAACUAAGACUUUU